AUGUUGGUAAAUGUCAAGAUUGUCACUCCAAAGGGAACUUGGUUUCUUCCAUGUAAUGUCCCACACAAGUCAACUGGACCAGAUUUGAUGCAGCUAUUUAUGGGAUCUGAAGGAAUUUUGGGAAUUGUGACAGAAGUGACAUUAAGAGUAAGGAAAUGUCCUGAAUGUCAAGUUUAUGGCUCUGUGUUGGUUCCUGAUUUUGAGGCAGGAGUUGCUUGUCUUCAUGAAGUUUCGAAUAGAAGAGUUGCUACUGCUUCGAUUCGUCUAAUUGACAAUUCUCAAUUUCAGUUUGGUCAAUCACUAAAACCUAAACAAGAAAGUAAGCUUGAAGGCCUUAGUGAUUGGUUUAAGGGUUUGUACGUUACUAAGGUUUGUGGAUUUGAUAAGGAAAAGAUGUGUGUCAUUACUUUAUUAUUCGAAGGAAGUCAAUCUGACAUUGACAGGCAACAGAAAAUUAUUUAUGACAUAACUGCUAAAUAUGGAGGACUUGUGGCAGGUGCUGAAGCUGGUUAUCGAGGUUAUUUACUGACCUAUGUCAUUGCUUAUUUGAGAGAUUAUGGUUUCAAUUAUUAUUUCAUGUCAGAAAGUUUUGAAACUUCAGCUCCUUGGUCAAGAGUCGUUCCAAUAAUCAAGAAAAAAGUGCCAAGCAACGAGGAUGUUCCAACACCAUGGGUUUCGGCUCGUGUCACUCAAGUAUACGAAACUGGUGCCUGUAUCUAUUUCUAUUAUGGAUUCAUCUUUAGAGGAUUACAAGAUCCAAUUAAGGCAUUCUCAGAGAUUGAAGCUGAAGCAAGAGAUGAAAUCUUACUUCAAGGUGGAAGUUUAUCUCAUCAUCACGGAGUUGGAAAGCUCAGAAAGGAAUGGAUGAGUCAAGUGGUGGGAGAUCAAGGAGUUGAGAUUUUGAAAAAGUUAAAGAAUAAUGUUGAUCCUGAUAAUUUGUUUGGAAAUGGAAAUUUGGGAUUGACUAGAGCUGAUUUGAGUAUUUCGGCAAAUAUCGAAUAA